AUGUACAACUUGCAAAACGGAACCAACGACAUCCCCGUCCGUGCAGUCUUCGAGGAUUUGGAUGCUGACGGUUCUGUGAGCGGUUCGCUGCAUCCAAGAGAACGUCAGCAAGCCAUGGAUUCGUCUUCAUCAAUUGCCAGAAGGGAUCCCGGCAGCGCCACUAGCAACUGGAUCCGCUUGAAUGUUGGAGGAAAGAUCUUUCAAACAACGCGGGACACUCUCAUGAGGGUUCCAGGUUCAUUCCUUUACCGAUUAUGUCAGGACGACAAGAGGCUUCCUAGUGUUAAAGAUGAGACUGGUGCAUAUUUGAUCGAUCGUGAUGCAGAUUAUUUUUCUCCUGUUCUUAAUUAUCUUCGACAUGGCAGACUCAUAAUAAAUCCUGGGCUCGCUGACGAAGGCGUUCUCGAGGAGGCGGAAUUUUACAAUUUACCCCAACUAGUUCACCUUGUUAAUGAAAGGAUCCACGAGCGUGAACGAAGUGGCAAUGAAGUUGGGAGGUUCAAGAGCGUUUACCGUGUUAUACAGUGUCACGAAGAAGAACUGACUACAUUCAUAUCAGCAACCAGCGAUGGAUGGAAAAUUGUCCAGGUCCUUCCUGUUCAAACCAAAUACCAAGAUUAUACUGUUGACAAACAGCAAGAAUAUUUGUGUAUUGUUGUAAGAGAAUGUCCUGAUAAUGGCUCUGUCAGUGAUAGCCGAGACAGGGCAACUCUACUGCAGCAGAAAGCUAGACGUGAGUUACAUUUUUCCUUACAGCAAUAUUUUUUUCCUCAAAAAACAAAACAUGUUAUUUCUCCAACAAGACAUGUCAGCGGAUUUUUCUGUUGUCUUAUGAAGUAA